AUGUUCAGUCACAUAGAACCACAACACGAGGCGGUCGAACAGAGGUUCCCGCACACACAGACAUCGGUCGAGCAGGGGCUCCCGAUUCACAACGAGACGGUCGAACAGAGGUUCCCGCACACACAGACAUCGGUCGAGCAGGGGCUCCCGAUUCACAACGAGGCGGUCGAACAGGGGUUCCCGCACACACGGACAUCGGUCGAGCAGGGGCUCCCGAUUCACAACGAGGCGGUCGAACAGGGGUUCCCGCACACACGGACAUCGGUCGAGCAGAGGCUCCCGAUUGUAACCGAGGUGGUCGAGCAGAGGCUCCCACAUACAUCUGAGGCGGUCGACGACGAGCUCCCGCCUCUUAUCGACGAGAAUGAACGGGCUGUGGACUUAAAUGUGAACGACGUGGUGGAGACAGAGCUCCCACGUCUAGCGGGGGGGGUACUUCAUCCUCCAGCGACAGCGACGUUCCAGCCUCGAGCAGUGGCUCAAGACGCAAGAGAAAGCGUAAACGCAAGAAAGGUGCACGCCGAUUACCAAGACGACGAAAUUCUCGCUCAAGCGCCGUUGACGAUGAUACUGUAUUGA